AUGCGGACUUCUCUGAGGCUAGGUUUUGCAGCCAUACUGGCCCAAGGGGUAUUCUCUACCGAAGCCCCUAUCCCUGGAUUUGGUGUAGAAGUAUUGGAGUGGAAUGUUGAGGUUUCUCCUGGCCGGGUGGAAGCCCUCAAUGGCACUGUCCAGGAGGUCUUUGCACAGGCUCUCCAAAUUAACCAUUAUUUUCAACUUAAGCCCAUUCCUGAGGCAAAGAACUUGCACAAGAGGCGCCCACCCGUUAAAUGCGACGGUGUUGGGUUGGAGUCUGCUAGCACGAGAACAAUUGAGGAUGGCGUUAGCUACCUUCGUCGAUUGUCGGGGACGCCUAGCCACGGCCCUGGUCCAAGUGUCUGCGCUCGGGUCAGCUGUUCCUAUAAUGCUGCUAUCUGGUGGUGCAAUAGAAACCACCACCCAAUAACUCUAGGCAGCUGGGACUGGAUUGCCAAUAGCGCCCAGCAUAUUGUUAAUACAUGCAGCCAUCGUGGCAUGGUCAGGGGAGAAAAUAUCGAGGGUGACAACUGGUCUACAUUUGUCGGCCAUGCCAAUUGCUGA